ACCCAUUUCCCGAACCAGCACCCACCUGAACUGGAAGGUCGCCUUGCCCCAGGCCGGAGAGGCCCCUCGCCCACGGCCGGGGGGUGGGGCGGCCUCGCCUCGGGCCGGUGCUUUUCGCCCUUCCUUGGCCGCCAGAGGCUCCCUCUCUCUCCCUCUCCUGGGAUUUUGCUGCCGGGCUCCCUCUCUCUGCGGCCCUAGAGUUAAUCCCAUCAGCCGAGGGAGCUCGUCUCUCCCAGUGCCACACUAGGAUCCGCCUGGCAGCCGCCGGGAGCCGCAGCCAAUGUGUUAGGACUUCAGGUGCUUCUUGGCACAAAGCUAGACUGCGACCUCCUACCGUAGCGUUUGGCGUCACCUGCUCUCCCGGCCCUGCCCCGGGGCCGAGGGAUUGCGUCCCGAACCAGGCUGGGGAAUCGGCUGCCUCUCAAAUGAACCUCUAGUCUUGCUUUGAAAAAGGCAUUUUGUGUAACUCUUGACUCUGAAUAAUUUCCUAAUACACCUGUUGGGACAAUCACUGACAGAGUAUACCAUUUGAGAGGUACUGUUCUUGACCAAAUACUGGUGACUAGAGAAGAGAGGUAUUUUUGUUUUUUGAUUUUUUUUUCUCUGAUCAUUAUGAACAUUGGCUUUUCACUUCUGGAGUAAAAAUGUUGAAAGCCGAGUCUUCAGGUGAACGAACCACUCUCAGAAGUGCCUCUCCUCACAGGAAUGCAUAUAGAACUGAGUUCCAGGCACUGAAAAGUACCUUUGACAAGCCCAAGUCAGAUGGGGAACAAAAAACAAAAGAAGGUGAAAGCUCCCAGCAGAGCAGGGGGAGGAAAUAUGGCUCUAAUGUCAACCGAAUUAAAAAUCUAUUUAUGCAGAUGGGUAUGGAACCUAGUGAGAAUACUGCGGCCAUUGCCAAAACAAGGGGGAAAGGUGGACAUUCCUCUCCUCAGAGGAGAAUGAAGCCCAAAGAAUUUCUAGAGAAAACAGAUGGCUCUGUUGUUAAGUUGGAGUCCUCUGUUUCUGAACGAAUUAGUAGAUUUGACACAAUGUACGAUGGCCCUUCAUAUUCUAAGUUCACUGAGACUCGGAAGAUGUUUGAGAGAAGUGUGCAUGAGUCAGGACAAAACCGUUAUUCCCCAAAAAAGGAAAAAGGUGGGGGGAGUGAUCCUCAGGAUGAGUGGGUUGGUUCCAAGUCCAAUAGAGGCAGCACUGAUUCCUUGGACAGCCUCAGCUCCCGGACUGAGGCUGUCUCCCCAACUGUGAGUCAACUGAGUGCAGUAUUUGAGAACACUGAUUCCCCCAGUGCCAUCAUUUCUGAGAAAGCUGAGAACAGUGAAUACUCAGUGACUGGGCAUUAUCCCUUGAAUUUACCAUCUGUUACUGUUACAAAUCUUGAUACCUUUGGCCACCUUAAGGAUUCUGAUUCUUGGGCUCCUUCAAACAAACAAGGUGUUGAUACAGAGGAUGCUCAGAAGAGUCACACCACCCCAGUACCGGAAGUGGCUUCUGAAAGUAGCUCUCUAGCUCAGAUACCUAGUGAAGAGAACCAGCAGAGCAAGGAAGCCGAAGGCUCCACAUCUAACCAGGAGACUCCUGGCAGAAGUGACAUUACCGAAGAACCUUGUGCUGAAAAUAAGACAAUGCCAAGAUCAAGAAAACACUCAUCACGACACAAACCUUUAGAAGGUGCUGAAGCUAAUUCGGCAGCAAAGCAACAGAAGAAAAAAUUUGCAGGUGAUGAUUUCCCCUCUCCUGGUACUUCUGCAUCCAGUGGUGGAAAAGAAACACCUGAAGAUUCAAAUAAUUUCGAGGGCCCCCGUAUGUACAUGGAGAGAGACUAUAAUGUGUAUAGGGUGAAAGCCAGGUUUAAGUCUGACUGGGGAGGGACAGGCACCCAGCAGGAAGAGGAGGAAGAUAGUGAUGAGAAUUCUUGCUAUCAGCCUGUUGUGGAAUGCUCGGAAAUGAGUGGGUUGUCAGAAGAAGAAGACAUCCCAGUAAAUAGAAAAAUUCAGUUUAGUAGAGCUCCUAUUAAGGUUUUCAAAACAUACUCCAAUGAAGAGUAUGACAGGAGAAAUGAUGAAAUUGACCCUGUGGCUGCUUCAGCUGAGUUUGAACUUGAGAAACGUAUUGAAAAACUGGACCUGUUCCCCGUGGAGCUAGAGAAAGAUGAGGAUGGUCUUGGCAUAAGCAUUAUCGGCAUGGGUGUUGGAGCAGAUGCUGGACUUGAAAAGCUGGGGAUAUUUGUCAAGACAGUAACAGAAGGCGGUGCUGCUUACCAGGAUGGCAGAAUAAAGGUCAAUGACCAGAUUGUAGAAGUGGAUGGAACCAGCUUGGUCGGUGUCACACAGAAUUUUGCUGCAACAGUUCUCAGAAACACUGAAAGCAUUGUUAGCUUCGUUAUGGGGCGAGAGAAGCCAGGACACAUGAGCGAGGUCGCCCAGUUGAUCAGCCAGACUCUGGAACAGGAGCGUCGCCAGAGAGAGAUGAUGGACCGUCAGUACACCCAGUAUGACGCCGAUGACGAUGAGAGCACUGUGGCUGAAUUGCAAGGAGUGUCUGGCAACUGCAAUAACAAUAACAACUAUUUCCUUAAGACUGGAGAAUAUGCCACAGAGGAAGAGGAGGAGGUGGUGGAGCAGGAGGAGCAGGAGGAGGAGGAAGGAGCCGCUGCUGCUGCUCUUCCUGCCAGAGACAUGGCCAUUGAAGUCUUUGAGCUGCCUGAGCAUGAGGAAAUGGUUUCCCCAUCUGAGCUGGACACACUCAGGCUCAGUCACAAGUUCAAGGAGUUGCAGAUCAAACAUGCAGUUACCGAAGCAGAGAUUCAUAAGCUGAAGACCAAGCUACAUGUAGUAGAAACUGAGAAAAUGAGAUGGGAACUAGAGAAAGCCCGGCUGCAGCAGAACAUUGCAGACAACAAAGAAAAAAUGCUGAACCUGGAGAGCUACUGGAUUGAGGCUCAAAGCUUAUGCCACAGUGUCAACGAGCAUCUCAAAGAGACUCAAAACCAGUAUCAAGCCUUGGAGAAGAAAUACAACAAGGCAAAGAAACUGAUCAAGGAAUUCCAGCAAAAAGAAAUCGAUUUCUUCAAGAGACAGGAAGCAGAAAGGAGGAGAUUAGAAGAUAUGGAAAAAGCUCAUCAUGUGGAAAUGCAGGCCCUGGAAAUACGGAUUCGAGAUACCGAAGAUGAGUUGUACAGGCAAAUGAAGCAGUGUGGAACUCAAAUUAACAAUAACAACAACAUCUAUGAGCGAAGUGCAGCUCUUGGUGAAAUUCCCUCAAUUGAGGAGAACUUGCGGAAUGCGGAAAUGCUGCGCACAACUGACUUCAGUGCAGCAGUCCCAGAAACUGAGCUCCUGGAUUCAAAAGCGCUUAAAACCCGAGCCCAGCACUCCGGGAAGAAGAGACGCCAGAAGUCCAACAGAUCCUCCAGACUCUAUGAUAGCAUCAGUUCCACCGAUGGGGAGGAGAGUGCAGAGCGCAAGCCUUCAAACAGUUUCUAUAACCACAUGCAUAUUACCAAAUCACUUCUACCCAAGGGUUUGAGAACUUCUUCUUCCGACUCAGAUUCUGGUGUUCCACCCCUCACCCCAGUGGCUAGCAAUGUGCCCUUCUCGUCUGAUCACAUUGCUGAGUGUCAAGAAGGACCACUGUACCCAGAAAGGGAGACUUUCUCCUCUCUUUCUGGGGACACUUCAUACUUUUCUCCUUCAAAGUCUGAUCAUGAUACAGAAGAAUCUCCUUGCCACCAUCAAGCCACCAACACGAAAAUACUACAAGAAAAAGAUGGUGCCAAAAGUCCCAAAUCAUUAAAGGCAUCCAGUUCGUUGGUGGUGCAUGGAGGAAAAAUUAAGCAGAAGUUUGUGGAUCUGGGGGCACCUUUGCGAAGGAAUUCCAACAAGGGAAAGAAAUGGAAAGAAAAAGAAAAAGAAGGCAAUAAGUUUUCUGCAGGUAGCAGGAUCUUCAGAUGCAGGCUGGAAAACUGGAAACCCAAGCCACCCUCCUCGGCAACUCAGGCCUCCACUCGCUCCCCUUGCAUGCCUUUCUCGUGGUUUAAUGAAAGCCGGAAAGGAUCCUAUUCCUUCAGGAACCCGCCUUCACCUACAAGGCCCCUUCAGCCUUCUCUCACGACUCUAAUUUCAGAUAAAAAGGGGUCCAAGGCUUUUACCUUCCCUGAUGACUUCAGUCCCAGCAGCACCAGUUCCGCAGACCUGAGCGGCCUAGGAGCAGACUCCAGAACCUUCGGCCUCUCUCAGUCCCUUGUGCUGUCCUCCGAUGAGAGCCUGGAUAUGAUUGAUGACGAGAUCCUUGAUGAUGGACAGUCUCCCAAACACAGUCAGUUUCAGAGUCGGGCCGUACAUGAAUGGAGUGUGCAGCAGGUUUCUCACUGGUUAAUGAGCAUAAAUCUGGAGCAGUAUGUAUCUGAAUUCUGUGCCCAAAACAUCACUGGAGAGCAGCUCCUGCAGUUGGAUGGAAAUAAACUUAAGGCUCUUGGAAUGACAUCCGCUGAGGACCGUGCCGAGAUCAAGAAAAUGCUCAAGGAAAUGAAGACAUCUAUCGACAGGGCUCGCAGGGCCCAGGAGAAAAUGGAAAACCAGAGAGAAAAGCUGAGGAAGAAGGAGCAGGAGCAAAUGCAGAAGAAGUCCAAGAAGUCCGAGAAGAUGGCACCAUCUGCAAGGGAGGGCGCUGGUGUGUAAAACACCCCCUCCUGCAGAAGAUGUGGAUACUCAGAAGUCCACACCUCUUCUUCCUCUGCUCUCCUCUGGAGGCUGGAGAACAACCUGAUUAUCAACCUGCUGAAAUAAUCUCCAGCCACCAUUGGUCUAUUUAACAAAUCAGAGAUCUCCUUUGUGAGAGAUACAAAGUAGUCGUGUCUCUCUCUUUCUUCUCUUACUUACCAAUGUGUUGUGUUGUGUUGAGUGUGUUGUGUUACUUGGAAAACUAGCUCAACAAGAGCAUGACGUGCCCUGGUGUUGUUAAUGGAUCACUGCCUUUUCAGUAUGGACCCUGAAACUGGGCAGUCGCACGCAUCUGCAUGCCAGAGAGCACCCUGCCCUGAGGUGUGGGAUCAGUACUGACUUCUAGGGCUGCAGAGUCCACGCUAGUGUGUAGGAACAGUUCCCCUCAAUCCUUUGUCCUGCUGGCAAAGUAUGGGUGCUCUUCCACACAAUGACGUACUAAGGGAAAAGGCAGGCAAGCUGUUCUGCUUGCUGGGCAUCAGCAUGAGAGAAAAGAAUUUUAGUUAUUUGUUAACUAUAGAAGAAGGCAAAAGCCUUAAGAAUGUGGACGUGGGUAUUACCUUGGGGGUCCGAAGGUAUCAUUUAUCCUCCAGAUAUAGCUGAACAGGGAAGAAAAAAAGUCAGACUUUAAUGCAGCUGUGGGAUAUUGGGAUCUGUUGUUUACUUUGCUACCGCUGUGUGUUCAGUAUUUCAGCAACACUGGCAAACAUAACACAGUUCCUUUCUUUCCCCCAACAAAUUGAACAGGAAAUUGAUUUUUAAGGAAACCACCAUUUUCAGGUUUCCUCUCCUGGGAAACAUUCUGGCUGGUCUUCAGCCCGCCUGUGACACAAUCAGGAACUCGUCACAUAUUUUCUACUCAAGAUUUCCCAAGGGGCCUCCGUUAGUGUUUUAACAAAUGUACUUUUAAGAAAAAUAGAAAUACCAGUUAGAGAAAAUUUAGAUUUGAGUAACAUUCAACCAGAGAACCAGUUUUUUUCGAACACAAAGAAUAUUCCUGUGAAGGAGAGCUAUCAGUUGUAUUUUAGAGAUAUUUUUAAUGGUUUCUCUGACCCAUUCCCUUCCAUACGUUAGCGAUUUCCACUUUACUGUUAAAAUUUGUUUAAGGCAGUACAUAGAGUGUAUGUUAGUGGUGGAGGAACUUACACUUAAUCUAAAGCCAGUAUUAAAGAGCAGUAUUUCACUAAAGUCAAAUGCAGGAGACUGGGCAGAAGGAGAAGACAAUAAACUCAUCUUGAGAUAUUUCAAAGGAAAAGGGUUUUUUUCGUUGUUGUUUAUUUGUUUGUUUACCUUUCAUGCUUAUGUUUCUGGUUCUCUUUGCUACGUUGGCUGUAAAUACGAGGCCAUCCACUUUCAAGGGGAUAAGUUUCAGAGUAAGACUUGAGGUCACUUGACUUGUUGGACAAAUAUAUUACUUCCUUUACUACGUGGGGGUGUUUGCUCUGUUCCCCACUGGAAGUGUAAGGCUUGGGGGAAAGCUUUCAAGCAUACAGGUGAGAGAUAAGGUAAGGGAACUCCUGCCCUUAUAGCCCCAUCUCAUAUUUUAAACAUCAUGGUUUUAUUUUUUAUUUAUUUAUUUUUUAUUAUUAUUAUUAUUAUUAUUUUUUUUUUUUUUGCUUAUCUGAAUAUCCAAAUUCUGGAAUUGUCUAAAUUAGAAAUUGUUAGCUGUAUUCUUUCCUCGAGGCCUCUCUCCUUUUCAUUGUCAGAGUAUUGUCUGUUGUGCUUCAGCCCCUUGUCACUAGGUACAGAUAAUUUAUUUGGCCCUCAGAAACAUCAGCAUAAAGUAACUCUGUGUUUUACAGUGAUUAAAGUCACCAGUAUGUAUUUCUAUCUUCCUUUUGGGGUAUGAUAACAAAACUGCCACACUGGAUACACUAUUAAUAUUUUGAGAUAUCUGGUGCUUUGCUAUUUAUUAAUACCAUGAGAAAUAGGAGCCACUAUUAGUGAACUCUAAAAUUUGGCAAAUCUUUUCUAAUACUAAAAUAUUAAAUUAGUAAAAAUCUGGUAAUACUAGUGCUUGCUGUUGUAAAUGUUUGCCAUUUUUGCUGAUCGUUGGGAAGAAAGUUACCUGGAUCACACUGGAAGUUUCACUGUAUUCAUUUCAAGAGUGGAAAUGGAAGGAUAAUUAUCAUAAGUUAUGUUUACACUUUGGUAAUAUUUGAAAAUGGAUGUAUAUAUUGGAAAUGUCUGUAAGUCUCUGUCUCUGCACCUAAUUUAUCAUCUGUUAUGUUGCCUUUUCUUAAAUAUCCUAGAAGUAUUUGUAACUUUAUUUGUACACUUACAAUGUUUAGAUUAAUGUCCAACUGACAAUGUUAUACAUCAAAUUCUUCUUUAAAUCAUUUAGUUUGUAUUAUAAUUACUUUGAUUUUUUUAAGUUAAAUUAUAGCAAAUUGAAGUCUAAAUGAAUUACCUUAACAUUACUACUUAAAGCUGCUGACAUUGUAAAAGACACUUGAUUUUAUUGUCCAGCAGAGGAUAAAAUGUAAACUGACUGAUACAAGGGUAUGAAAACAAAGUGAAAGACCUCAGAUCUUGUGAGCAUUGUUUUCCUAUUAUUUCUUUUAUUGACUAUAAUGCAUGAUACUUAAUUGAAAGUUUCAAUGUCUUGCACAAUUUCUACUUUAAUACUAGUGGUUUUCAGUGUCUGUACAAUUUAACACAGAAUUAUUGCUUCCUGAACCUUAAAAACUGGAGUUUUUUGUUAGUGGAAAAUGAACAAAAAGGGAAUAGCUUGUUACUAUUAACUUUAUUCCUAAAAGACAGCUCAGUACGACUCUAACAAUAGCCAAAGGUGUUUUAGAGAUUAGGUUAUACUUUGUGGGGAUGGGAUGUGUGGAGAGGCCAUGCUCUAGACAGACAGCAGUGUGUGACCUGUAUCUGGGUCGUUUCCAGUACAGGACUUUAGUUUUAUAACAGAUUUCUUAAAGACCACCUCCCUUAAAGUAACCCACAGUUUAUGUAAUACUUUUCUCAUUUUUUUUUUUUCUGAAUCAGAAGUUUACUUCAGAGUGUUAAGUUAGGAAAGAAACCUCAUUUUAUCCAUUCUAACGCUUUGAUGAAGUCCACCUUUAGUUUCUUAAAAUAAAGCUAUUCUGUGGUUAUCAUCCUUUAGGUGGGAUUGACACUGAUUUCCCACUUGCAAUAUUAUGUAAGCCUUUUAGCCCAUGGCACUUCAUGAUUACAGCAUCAUAGGUGCUAAUACCAAUCUCUACUUUGAACUGACAUAUAAUAGAAUCAUCUACCGGCAUGCUCCUUUGUUGUUGGAAAUGAGGAACCAGAUUAACCCUUGCCACUACCUGUGACCCUAUAGUCAUCUCUAGCCUGAAAUCUUAAAAUAUCCCAGGCCCAAGCCACAAAAAUGGUCACGGGAUGUUUGUUCUAGCACCUCAGCCUUUAUGGUUUUUGCUGAAGAUAGAGAACUAGGUUCUUUGUGCAGCAGGGUUAACGUGCUUGAAAAUUACAUUUUAGAAAAGGUAAAUGGAUGAGUUCUAGAAAGAGAAUGUCCAUAUGUUCUACUAGAAUUGUUUUCAUUAUUAUAUGGGUGGAAGGAAGUAAAUUCUCAAAAGAAAGUAGUGUUAUAGGAAAUCUGAAUGUCCUUCAGUGAUUUCACUCCUGAAAACCAGGCUGGGUAUGUUGGCAGAUUUUGUUUGCAUUUGUCUUGGGUAUUUAAAGUCUCAGGAAAUUUAAUCUUGGUCCAAAACACUGGGGAAAAAAUAACACCAGACAAAACAUAUUUGAGAAACUUGAAGUAGCAGCAUAGAAUAGGCCCAACUAAGAAGCUGGAGAGUAAAGAAAAAGCCUGUAGAAUCAGUUUCCCCUGGAAAGCAAAAACAUCAAGUUUAGUUGAUGGCAGACAGAGGGUCCUUACGCGCUUGCGCGUGGGUGUCUGUGGUUUUGUUGAGGGAAUGGUUGUUGCUUGAAGGGUAUGUAUGUGAGCAUAUGGACCAAGCACAGUAGGGACUGAGAUAAACAUCAUGAUUCCCAAUGCUUGACCCUACCCCAACCCCAAAACCACUAGGGAUUUAACAGUAAGACGUAAGGAAUGAGAGAAUAACAGAAAACUUCUCAAUAACAUGCAUGCCGUUUGUGUAGAUGUGAACUACAUAUGUGUGGAGUAUAACUCCCACCUUAUACACACAAGCCACAAUCAUGGCAUAAGAUAACGUGUAUAGAACCUGAUGAUGUCAGUUAAGACCCUAAGCUGUAAUCAUAGCCUUAUUGCCACUUUUUGUGUCGUGUAUACAUCGUAUGACUCAUAGAUUUAAUUAAAAGAUUUUUUGAUGUAAGUAUUUCUACUAAAUGCAUUUAUCCUUCUACAUGUUUAUAUAUUUUGGUAAAAUUGAUUUAUUAGAUACUUGGUAUUUUAGGAUGAUAAAAGUUCUUCAAAUGGUUGGUUAAUGCUUGGAGGUCAAGAUUGCACAUUGCUGAGUUAGAACUCAGAAGAAAUGUAUGCAGCUUUGGACAUUUUCAACUGCAGACUGAAGUUUUCUUGGCUAAAAAUUGCACUGUAAUGUGUUCUUGUGAAUUUGUUCACACUUCUAAGACAGAAUUGGUUGCCGUGAUGCUGAAGCCACUCACUACUGACUGUCUGGUAGUAGUGGUGCCAUCAGAUGACCGUUUAUUUACUUCUUAUGUACGUAAUGACAUUUUGGUCGUUGUCAAAAAUCACACAAUUGGUUGUGAAUGUGAGUAUGUUGUUGGAAGGUGUACACUUCUGUUUCUUUCAGCUAUUUUAUUUAUACACCCAGGUUUUCUGGUAAGGAUUUAAUCAUUCAUUCAUGGAGGAACAAUUAGCCUGAAAUAAUUAAUGACCGGAAACAGUGAGAAUGAAAAGGCACUCCAGCUAGAUAACACCUCCCAACAACGUCUAAUUUAGUUAGUGCUUAGUGAAAUUCCUUAAAUAUAUAUAUAUGUGUGUGUGUGUGUGUGUGUGUAUUUUCCUCAAUCUUAUUUAAUGUCGUAACUACUGCUUUUGUAUUUUUUAAUGGUGUUGCAAUUAAACUGCUAGUACACCUGCUACAUAUUAUUGACAAAACUGGACAGCUGAAAACUUAAAGAAUCAGUUCUGUUCCACUGUAAGAAGUUGAUUUAUUUUUGGCUUUCUUUAUAUAUUGCUAAAGGAAAAGAGUUGUUUCAAAAUAAUUUUAAGUCCAAUAAGGAUGGACAGCAUGUUACCUAAAACUUUUAAUUUGUACAUUUUGAUAUCUGAUCAUUUGCAUGGAAGAGACGGUAGUGCCACGUGUGAAUUGUUCUCUUGUGCUUGGUUAAUACGUACUUCUCUAGAUUGUUCCGUCUCAAGUGAUAUCCCUUACUUUUUGGUUUUCAGAGACAUUCAUAGCAAAAUACCAUAGCAGUCCUUUGUUUUCUGGCCAAUUUAACAAUACUUGUGAUUAAAUUGAACUUGUUAGUGUAAAUAAAUUUCUUGCCAAUGAGUAUUAUUGUUGUAAGACAAUGAAUGCAAAUAAAAAGAGAAAUAUCGAGAUC